CUCCCUUAAGUAUAAAAAGGCAUCGGUAGGUUGUAGGGGUCUGCACAUAGCAUCUAAACAUACUUGCUUGAGUACCCCAAACAGGAGGCCGGGAACAGGUCAAGACUUGGAGCUCUUCAGCAAAAAGACAUUGAAACACUUGUAGAAGACACAUUUCAUAGUCAAGAUGCCCGAGAACGCCGGCGGCCACGCUAUGGAGGAGGAAAUGGAGACCUUUGCCUUCCAGGCUGAGAUUGCUCAGCUGAUGUCUCUCAUCAUCAACACCUUCUAUUCCAACAAAGAGAUCUUCCUCAGGGAGCUCAUCUCCAACUCCUCCGACGCUUUGGACAAAAUCCGCUAUGAAAGCUUGACUGACCCCAGCAGACUGGACUCGUGCAAGGAGCUGAAGAUCGAAAUCAGGCCUGACCUGCAUGCCCGUACCCUUACCCUCACUGACACGGGCAUUGGCAUGACAAAGGCAGACCUGAUCAACAACCUGGGCACCAUCGCAAAGUCGGGCACUAAGGCCUUCAUGGAGGCCUUGCAGGCCGGAGCCGACAUCUCCAUGAUCGGUCAGUUUGGCGUGGGUUUCUACUCUGCAUACCUAGUGGCCGAGAAGGUGACAGUGAUCACCAAGCACAACGAUGACGAGCAGUACGUGUGGGAGUCCGCGGCAGGGGGAUCAUUCACAGUCAAACCCGACACCGGAGAACCUAUCGGCAGAGGCACCAAAGUGAUUUUAUACCUUAAAGAAGACCAGACGGAGUACUGCGAGGAGAAGCGCGUCAAGGAAGUUGUAAAGAAGCACUCUCAAUUCAUUGGCUACCCCAUCACACUUUACGUGGAGAAGACCAGGGAGAAAGAAGUGGAUCUUGACGGGGAAGACAAGGAGGAGGAGCUUGAGAAAGAGGGUGAGGACAAGGACAAACCUCAGAUUGAGGACGUUGGCUCUGACGAGGACGAGGACACCAAGGAGAGCAAGAACAAGAGGAAGAAGAAGGUCAAGGAAAAGUACAUUGACGCACAAGAGCUCAACAAAACCAAGCCCAUUUGGACACGGAAUCCUGACGACAUCACCAAUGAAGAGUAUGGAGAGUUCUACAAGAGUCUUACCAACGACUGGGAGGACCACCUGGCUGUCAAGCAUUUCUCCGUGGAGGGCCAGCUUGAGUUCCGAGCGCUGCUGUUUGUGCCCAGAAGGGCUGCAUUUGACCUCUUUGAGAACAAGAAGAAGAGAAACAACAUCAAGCUGUACGUGCGCAGGGUCUUCAUCAUGGACAACUGUGAGGAGCUGAUUCCAGAGUACCUCAAUUUUAUCAAAGGUGUGGUGGACUCUGAGGAUCUGCCUCUCAACAUCUCCAGAGAGAUGCUGCAGCAGAGUAAGAUCCUCAAGGUGAUCCGCAAGAACCUAGUCAAGAAGUGCCUGGAACUCUUCACAGAGCUUUCAGAGGACAAGGACAACUACAAGAAAUGCUAUGAGCAGUUCUCCAAGAAUAUCAAACUCGGCAUCCAUGAGGAUUCCCAGAAUAGGAAAAAAUUGUCUGAGAUGCUCAGAUACUACACCUCAUCCUCUGGUGAUGAGAUGGUGUCGCUAAAGGACUAUGUUUCACGUAUGAAGGACAACCAGAAACACAUCUACUACAUCACAGGUGAGACCAAGGACCAGGUGGCCAACUCUGCCUUCGUGGAGCGCCUUCGCAAGGCCGGCUUGGAGGUCAUCUACAUGAUUGAGCCCAUCGACGAGUACUGUGUCCAACAGCUGAAGGAGUACGACGGCAAGAACUUGGUGUCAGUCACCAAGGAAGGCCUGGAGCUGCCGGAGGAUGAGGACGAGAAGAAGAAGCAGGAGGAGUUAAAAAGCAAGUUUGAAAACCUUUGCAAGAUCAUGAAGGACAUCCUCGACAAGAAGAUUGAAAAAGUCAGCGUUUCCAACCGCCUCGUCUCCUCACCGUGCUGCAUUGUCACCAGCACUUAUGGCUGGACGGCCAACAUGGAGAGAAUCAUGAAGUCCCAGGCCUUGAGAGACAACGCCACAAUGGGCUACAUGACGGCCAAGAAGCAUCUGGAGAUCAACCCCGCGCAUCCCAUUGUGGAGACCUUGAGGGUGAAGGCCGACGUGGACAAGAACGAUAAGGCGGUGAAGGAUCUGGUCAUCCUUCUGUUUGAGACGGCGCUGUUGUCUUCAGGAUUCACACUGGAGGACCCCCAGACGCACGCCAACCGCAUUUACAGAAUGAUCAAACUUGGCCUUGGCAUCGAUGACGACGACUCAGCAGUGGAGGACCUCACUCAGCCAGCUGAAGAAGACAUGCCAGUUCUGGAGGGAGAUGAUGACACCUCAAGAAUGGAAGAAGUCGACUAAAUCUGCUUUUAUGACACAUUUUUUUGUAAUUUAUUUCACUUUUUUUUCAAAGCCAUUACUUUUUCAGAAUCAUAGGUAUAAACUAUCAGUCUUUGUCAUCUAUUAUUAGCCAACCUCACCUAGUAUCUAAAGCUACACCCAGAAAUACAUAUAUUUAUGAUGCAACUGUACUAUGGUAAGUAAAUUAUGGUCGUUUUUGAUUUAAAAACGACAAAGUGCAGUUCCAUAGAACAAGCUAAAAUGGAAAUAAGAAAUAAAGUUAACUUUUUAAACAUGGGGGUGUCCAAACUUUUCCCACCGGAAGCCGCCUUGGCACUUAUCGAAUGUUUCCAAUUUGAUAUCAAUCACCUUUUUGGUUAUAACAAAUACACACAAAAAAAAGACCCAACAAUCCAACGUAGGUCAAGAUGCUAAGCCAAGGCUGGGCAAUGUGAGCCUUGCCAAAAACACAGAAUUUGUAUUACUAAGUUGGCAAAGUUAUAUGCUCAUCGUAGUGUCAUCAUUUAGUCUCUCCCAAUAGGAACCAAAAUAUAAAAUCACAUUAGAUAUAUAAAUACUGUUAAUUUUGGCUUUAUACUGUACAUAACUAAAGCUAGUUUAGCAGAUUUGGAAAAUAUGUUUUUGUUUUGCCCAAGCUCUCACUUAUUUGAAAAAAACAAACAACAACAAAAAACAGCCCUAGGUUAAUUAAGUAGUUAAUAUACUUGAGGAAUAAACAAACUGGAGAAAAAAAUUAAUACAAUUGUAGAUUUUUGUUUUCAAUAGAAAAUUUCGUCCAGAAAUAAUUUUGGCUACAGAAAAUGUAGCAGCCCAACAAAAAUCGAGCAGCGGGCCACCAAUAGUUUCUGGGACCAAGGUUUGGAUACCCCUGGUGUUUGCUUGUAAUCUAUAAAUUAAUUGAAAGUAUAGGCUUGUCUUUUUGUAACAUUUGAAAAAAUAAUAAUUCACAUUUGUAAUAAAAACAAACUGAAAAACACAA